CUCAAACUGACUAGCGCAUGUCAUUUAAGCAAGGAGUCGAUUGCGAUAUAUGCGCUAGUCGUCAGAAGUGUCAGAAGCCAUGCAUGAGAAAUGAAAAUGGCGAAGUUUUGCUGAUAUUAAUUUAAAGAUUGUGGUUUUUAGUUUAGAUUCAGUACUUGAACUAGUUUUAACUAAAGUGAAACCUCAAUGACAAUUUAGUAGUGGUUUAGUUUUAUCCAUUCGGGUCAUUACGUCCAAAACAAAGCACAACAUGUCGGAACCGGGAGAUGUCCAACAACCGUUAAGCCCCGCUGAACGGGAUAAGGUUCCAUCUAGGGUGAUCAUCUCCGAAUCUGAAAUCACAUCCUUGAGCCCAACCGAGUGGGUCCACCGUUGGCACCAGCAGGACUCCUACAUAGCCACAUUGGAGAGGAAAGUUGAUCUUCAAGAAGGGAAUAUGUACGAGCUUCGUCAGACUAAUGAUAAAAUCCGUACUCAACUUGUUGAAGCCCAGCAACGUGAAAGGGUGUUGGUGAGGCGUUUAACAUCAAAGGAACAGGAGAACCAAGAGUAUAUGUGUCAGCUAAAUGAAUUAAAAAACUCACAAGCUCCAACAAUUCCAUCGCUUCGAUCUGCCAUGUUAGACCCUGCUGUUAACAGUAUCUUGCAGCAAUUAAGACUCGAAUUGCAAGAGACGAAAACUAAACUGGAAAACAUCCAAAACGAGCUUUCUGCAUGGAAGUUCACGCCUGACAGUAAUACCGGUAAACGUUUAAUGGCCAAGUGCAGACUGUUGUACCAGGAAAACGAAGAACUGGGCAAACUGACUAGUUCUGGCCGAAUUGCAAAACUGGAAAGCGACCUGGCGUUGCAGAAAAGCUUUUCGGAGGAAGUUCGACAGUCUCAGAACGAGCUGGAUUCAUUCCUAGCGGAUUUGGAUGAGGAUGUGGAAGGGAUGCAAAGCACAAUCUUAUUUUUGCAGACCGAAUUGAAACGAUCAAAAGAAAGUGCACAGACUUUACAGAAGGAAAACAGUAUGUUGAAACUAGCUAAUGGUCGAACAAACGGUGAAAAUAGUGGUGUUUGUGAUACAGAAAGGACGGACUCUGAUAAUGACUUAGAUCGGACACACGCUAAACGAGUUAGACGAUCGUCAGUUUUAAGUCUAGACUUUAACGAAGAUGAUACGCUUGUGAUAGGUACCAAUGGAGACGCCACUAUGUCUUCGGAUAUUGAAUAGGCGCUAAUCUUAAUUGCUUUACUUUUGAUCAAGUAGUUUUUGUACAUUCCUUGUGUUCCUAAUUUUAUUUCACGUGUAACAUACGGUUGUUUCCAACAUUAAAAUAAAAUAAUAAAAGUAUGUACAUAGGUAUACAUAUGGACUAGGCAAAAUUCGUAUCUCCAAGGUUAUUGUAAUUUAUAGGCGGAACCCCGGAGAAAAGGCACAUUGUCCCUGUGUAACUUUUUUUAAAUAUAUAAGUUAAAGCUGAAAAUAGAUUUUAAGUGUCAUUGCGUUGAAGAACAGCUGUAGAUAACCCUUUACUUUAUAAUGCUGCUGUCUUGUUUAAUUUGUUACUUAUGUUGAUGUCUGCUUUCUGCCGAGGCGUGGGUAACAGGGAAAAUUUUAUCAGGUAAAAUAAAGGAAAUUAUUAGUUAAUGUAUAAGAACUCAAAUUUCAAUCAUAUGACUCAAGACUACUUAGUGUUUACUGUUUAAAAAUGUUUGAGGCAUUCUUGCACAUUUCAGAAAUGGAGACAUAUUUCACUUUAAAUUUUCUAAUAAAACUUAUUUUAAUUUUGAUGUGUAAUCGAGUCUAAUCUGAUCCUUUCAGAGCUGCAUCAUUACGCAGAUACAGUAAUUUUCUAUAACAUUUUAUCCCUUUCAGAAGUCGUCUUAACUUUAAUAUAAUUUUAUAACGAG